UUUCCUGCUGUUUUCACUCGGUGAUUAGGAGAUCGGAGUAAAAAACCAAACAAGCCCGUUGUGCAAGAGGAGCCUGCACCAGAUCAACUCCAGUGCGGAUGGAUGUGAACAGGAUCGAGGAGACAUUUCAGAUGACCUGGAUUUAACAAUCUGACACAACUGACACUUCAGUGUUUUUUUUUUAUAUAUAUAUUUAUCAAUAUAUAAAUAUAUAUAUAACUAUCGGAUGACAGUGACGAUCGGUCGGACUGUACGAGCAGACUUGGUGUGUGUAAAGUCAGUAAUGAGUGUGUGGUGUUGAGUUCAGCAGCAGGGUGAAGUUUGGUUUAGUUCAUUUGAUUAGUUACUGAAUGCGUAAUCAGGCUUAGCCCCGGUGCUCUCAGUGCGGCUCGGACCACUUGUUGAAAUUGCGGAAAAGUUUCGCACGAAAAACAAAACAAAAAAUACCCCCAAACUUUUCGCUUGUUUUUAAAAAAAAUACGUUUAGGGUCGAAAUAUUGUUGUGUCUCGGUGGUUAGGACCCUCUGAAUUACUCGCGUAAUAACUUCGACGUCCAUAAGAAGGAAGGAGUUGAGUGGUGAGGACUCAGUGCGCUGCCUCGGCGCGGGCUGUUAGCUUCCCCAGGCUUCAGACACGCUCAGAAAGCUAGCUGAACAGUUUAAAGGAGGUCCCUUAAAGCAUUUAAACUCACAAACAUUUUCUUUAAAACACGCCGAGGAUAAACUAUCUCAUUUAACUGUAGUUGUCAAGUUGUCAAAAACUGCUGUUUUAGCGAACGCGCUAAGGUUUAGCUUUCGUGCUGGAAGAGAUAAGCUUAGCGAAGUGUCAGAUGUAAUACGUGGUUUAUUAUUAUUAUUACAUAUAACAAUAUAUUUAUAAUAAUUUUUACGUAAAAAUAAUCCCGCCAGCUGCAUAAAAAGCCUCAAUGGAGGAAAUAAUAAUAAUGCAGAUACACGCUAGCGUUAGCUACCAUGCUAACGGAGUGUAGCUAGCUAACUAGCGCGGGCUAACCCGGCUAACGAAUCAAGGCAGUGCUGAAAAGUUAUUUAUUGAAUUAUUACCUUCUUAUUAUAUACUACAACACUGCUUUGUUUUCACGCCUAUUUUACAAAAGUAAAUAAUACCAUCUUUUAUUCAAGACUAAAAAUAAGUUUUAUCUCCCGACUUGUGGACUGAGUUUGGUUUGACAGCUGACGUCUCUGACUUUCGGACAUUUUUUUAAUGCCUAGCAUGUCAGUUUUACAAAAACGUCCACCAUGGCAGGACAGCUGAAACAUAUUUAAGAUUUAAACAGACAGGAUAUUUGUUUGUUUUUAUUUUUUUAUUUUUCAUUUUUUUUUGCUUUGGAGUCGGUGUUUAAACUCUUGCGGCCUCCAUCAUGUCCGGAUCCCCGGGCUCGAGUAGCGCCUCUAACCCGAGAAAGUUCAGCGAGAAGAUCGCGCUGCAUAACCAGAAACAAGCGGAGGAGACGCGGGCCUUCGAGCAGCUCAUGACGGACCUGACCGUCUCACGGGUGCAGUUUCAAAAACUCCAGCAGCUCCGUUUGUCUCAGAACCGGGCCCAGUACUACGGCGGUUCUUUGCCCAACGUCAACCAGAUCGGCAAUGCCAGCACUGAUUUCCAGGGUACCUUCCCCUCUGGUCUGGACUCUGUGAGAGGGACCAGGCACCACGGUCUGGUAGAGAGAGCCGUCCAAAGAGACCGCAACCGCAUCAAUUCACCCCACCGCAGACCUAUUGACAAACACGGACGGCAGGCAGAGAGUUCUCCUUACGGGGCAGUGUACCUGUCGCCUCCCCCAGACAACAGCUGGAGAAGGGAACAGCAGCCAUGGACAGAAGAGAAACGGCCUGGGUUUAGAUUAAUAUCACAGCUCAACAGAACCAAUUCAGAUUCAGCUUUGCAUACGAGCGCCAUGAACCCGAACCCGCAGGAUCCGUUCAGCGGGAACCAGCAGACGGGCAGAGGGCCGCCCCAGCGCAACGCCAGCAUGAAUGAAGCGGAGGUGGAUGGCACAGGAAAUGUCUUUUCUUUCCCCGCUGUUCCUAAUGAGGAGAGCCUUAUUGGUGUGAGUAAGCCAUUGCCCAGGCAGCUGUGGGAGGCCAAAAAGGUGCAGUCCCUUUCAUCACGGCCCAAAUCUUGUGAAGUGCCUGGAAUCAAUAUAUUCCCAUCUCCGGAGCAGAACGUUGGUCUCUCUCAUUACCAGGGCACAUUAAACACAGGCGGCUCUCUACCGGACCUCAGUAACCUGCACUUCCCCUCUCCUCUCCCCACCCCCCUUGACCCUGAGGAGGGGGGCUACCCCAACCUGAGCGGAGGCAGCAGUACAGGAAACCUGCCUGCUGCCAUGAUGCAUCUUGGAAUCGGAAAUUCUCAGGAUAAAACAGUUUUAUCUGAUUUCUUUUUUUUAGGUUUAUCUUCCUCUCUGAGCAACCCCUCCAUCCAGGCUUCACUCAGCAACUCCCAGCUGCCCUCGUCUUUGAGCAAUCCCUCCAUCCAUUCCUCUCUCCGGCUUUCCUCACUCUCCAGUGCUCCUGCAGGAGGUAUGGCAACCUCACCCAGGAGACGACCAGCUCCCAUCAGCCCCCUGACCCUUUCUCCUGGUUCUGAACAACGUCGCAGUUUGGGGAAACAACUCUCGCCCACCAUGUCCCCGUCCCUUUCUCCAAUCACACAGGGGGUCCCCUUGGACACCAGCAGCCUGCCAAUGGAGCCGCCUCCUCCCUACCCUCUCUACCAGCAGUCUCAGCAGACCAUGCAGCAGCAGUCAACUCAGUCUCAUCCACAAAACCUCCAACAGCACCAGUCUCAGGGAGGACAGCAGCACCCUGUUUCCCCUUUGCAGAGUGUUUCCCUGGAUUUCAACUCUAGUGUUACAAACAACAUGGGUGUGUUCUUCAACGAUCCAUUCCUGGAAUCGCAGUACUCCGGUCGCCAGUCCAAGUGUCCGUCCUACCAGCAGGAUCACUACAAUAUGCUGGAGCAUGCAAUGAGCUCCAUGGCUGGAGGAUUUGACCCCUCUUCUAACCUUUACUGCUCCCAAGCUUCGCUUAUGGGCCUGAGUGGUAGCCAUGGCAACCUACAGGACCCCUUGCAGAUGAAGGCUAACAUGCUGUACUCUAACUGCGGAGGUGCCGUGCCCAAUAUUAUACUUACAGACGAGUCAAGUCCCAGUCUGUCGAAGGAUAUCAGCAGUGUGUUGUCAGCCGUGCCCGAGUGUUUCGAUUCGGAAGGGGUCUUCCCCCUCGAGGACGAGCUUCGCAUCGAACCUCUCAGCCUGGACGGACUGAGCAUGCUCAGUGACCCCAACAUGGUUCUCCCAGACCCCUCGGUGGAGGACAGCUUCCGCAGCGACAGACUCUGAGGAGCUGUGUGUGCGCAAGUGGAUUCGUUCUCUCUCUUUCUCUAACACACAAGACAGGAUCUUAGAUACUGCGAAGAAAAAAAAAAACCCAACAACAGAAUCCAAUCCUGCCUUAUACGCACGCAUUCACCCAAAGCAAAAAACUAAACAAAAAAAAAACCAUACGGCCCCCCCCGCCCCCCACACGCAUACACUACGGCUUCACGUACAAAGACUGGUGAAAUGUUCACACGUUGCUGUGACUCACAGGAGCAUCGUCUCAGGGGCCAUUCUCACUCUGUGUUCUCCAUCUGCCACUCGAGACAGUGAUGACAGUGAUAUUCACAGUGAGCACGCACAGUGAAUUCUGUCUGAUUGCUUCAUACACAGAAAAAAACACACAGGAAGCCUGGUCAAGGACUGAAAAACAUUUAAAAAUCUGCGGCCAGUGCAGCAUCUGUUGACUCUCCAGGCUGGAAAAAAUGACUCCCUCCAGCGUUCUGAAUUUACAAACAGAGAGCUUCAGUGUGUGUGUUGUAUCCUUGUGGUUGUGGUAUUUUCUUCCUUUUUUUUUUUGUGGCAUAAUUAUCUUUUAGGAGUGACACCAGCAGCACUGUGGUUGUUGUCAUUUCAUUCUUUAAUCGUUUCUGACUUUUCUUAUGAAAAUUACGCGGGGUUAAAUCAAAAGCGCUCAUACAGUAAUCAAACCUGACAAUCAUCACUGUCAAAUGGAUGCAGCUUUACUUAACCAGACUUGUCGGACCUGCUCCACCACAUCGCAGGUCUGUAAAGGCUAUAACCAAAAGAAUGUGCUAUUUUUGCAUUCAGGAAGCCAUGUCUGCUUUCAGGCACCAUUGUUCGAAAUCAGAAAUGCCAAAUAGCAGCCGAUUCUGGAGCCUAUCCAGUGAUAUCCUGUGUGUAUGUAUAUAUAUAUAUAUAUAUAUAGAGAGAGAGAGAGAGAGAGAGAAUACACACCAGCAGGGUGCAUUGUGAAACAGAAGGAUCCAGCAAUCUGGCUGAUCGCAGCUCAUCUUGAAGCACCACAUGCGCCGUGUCUAUGCACCAGCACGACGGGUCGAGCUUUUUCCCCUCCUUUCCAGAAAAACGCAUAGCAUGAGCUAAAGGUUUUAGUCGAUUCUGUCCCUCCUCAUAAAUAGAUUUUUUUUAAGAAUGUAGAGAUGAGGGAAUCGAUCAGCCUUUUUUUCCCCCUGUACAGAUCAUUAUUUUUCCAAAAUUCUUUGCUUUUUUUUUUUAACAAAUAAUGAAAAAAAUGUUAAUCACAAACACAUCAUAUGCCUCAUAAUUUCAAAAAGGGAGAACUGUUUACAAAAAAAAAAAGAUUUAAGAACUAAAACUUAAAGUAGGAGUUGAAAUUUCUAUGAUUUUGCUAUCAUUCUGGAAGAGUAUAUUUGUAUCUUUAUUGGUCAGGUCUGUGAACGGAGGCCCUCUUCAUGCUUUUUGGCUAUGCAGAACUACUAUCAGAGGCUGGAACAUCUGAAAUCAUAAGAAAGGAACUAUUUUAUCUGUAUAUUUAAUACUAUAUAGCAGUUCGAUAUAUAUAUAUUCACUUUAUACAUUUUUUACUGACUUGUAAUACGUGUUGUAUGUUUUUAUUUGUCGAAUUGUCAAGCUCUGAAUUGACUCUUCUUUUUCAUUUUUUUUUUGUAAACGAUCAGGUGGCCUGCAUUCCCUCUGUGGUCAGAAUGUGUAGUUUGUGGACAUGGUACACACGAAGCAUUGUGUUUAUUGCUGGCUUCAAACGUUUGCACUGAUCAUUGGAAGGAACCAUAGUCAUUUUUUUUUUAAGGGACUGAACUCCUUUUGGGCUGUGAUUUUGCACAUGAUGUAUGCAAAAAAAUAAAUAAAUAAAUAAAAAGCCUUUGGAGUGUAUGCACUAAGCUGUUGACUUGCCACACUAAAAUGACCAACACAUUUGCAGUAAUGUUGCUCAGGAAUGCCUGUUCUUUUGUUAUGAUGACAAAAUCUUAUCAGUCAAGAUUCUUCAUACAUCAUUUAAAAGAACAGAUUCUAUUUAAAGGCAAUAACAAUACUGUGUGUAUACCAUGUCCACCUUUAUUUUAACCAACGCUCUGUGGUGUGUGUGCACUUAAAGGGGGUAGUGGGUGGAUCGUGAGGUUGUGUUCGUAAAAAAAGCAGGCAAAAUGAGAUUAUACUGAUUGUCUGCGGUUGAAGAAAUGGGUUUUUAGGAUUUUUUUUCUUUGUUUGUUUCAUAGCAUGAUGCAGCUCCGAGGUCAGGGUUUCUGCUGCAUCUUGUUUUGUAAAGUGUAUUUUUCUUUCUAUAUCUGAUAACUCUUAAUGCUCGUCUUGUGUCAGCCGUGCGUUCGUAAUACUUUGUAUGCAGACCUUAACAUAGAUGCUUCUUUUACACACUUUGUGGUUGAGCUCCAGCUAAAGUUAAAGAUUGUAUUUUUUUCCACAGACGGCACUAGCAGCCUGUUCUUUCUGCCAUCUGCUUUAUAGAGGACGUCUUGUCGUCUUCUGCCUUAUUGUCGCGGGGCUCUGACCUUGUGACUGUCCCUCUGAUUGUACUGUGAUGUUUCCCCUAUUCCAAGCCCUGUGCUAAAAAUGGUAUAAAAAAAAUAAAUAUAUAUAUAUAUAAACUUUUUUUUUUUUUUUGUUCUGUACUACAAUUAAUAGUGGUCGAUAUGUAUUGUUUGUAGAGCAGCUUUUUAUAAUUUUUUGGCUGUUUUUAGGUUGUUUUUUUUCAGGUGGUGUUUUACUAUUUUUCUUAUUUUAUUUUAAGUCGCCUUUUUAAAAUGUACAGUUCUGUUAUUUAAAAAAUAUAUUUCUUGUUCACUAGUGUUACUACUUUUUUUGUAAUAUGUCAUUUUAACCUUUUUUUUCAAAUAUUAAAAUAUUACUACACCAUAAUGCUUUUUUGUUUGUGACAUACAGUGCUUAACUUUGAUUUAAUAUAAAUAAUAAAACUCUUUGUCUCUCUUUAUUAAA